AUGCCUCCAAUAAGAUCGCAGAGACCAGCCGAAGCCAAAGAAACUGGUGGAGAAAGUAAUGAAUUUGUCACAAAGCAGAAUUCGCUAUGGAACACAGCAGUCAAGUCUCGCCAGCAAAAGGCGCGUACAGGCUUCCGCAAGAAUCGUGCCAACAAGCAAAAGGAGUUGAAGGAGAAGAUCGAAGCCUUGAAGCGCAGUGAUGCAGCAAAACAUUUUGAGCCUCACGCGUGGCAGAAGGCUAAAAUCGACUGCUCUAGAACCGGACAAGUUGCCGAUGCAACGACUCCCGACCAGUCAGCUUUUGAGACCCUUCGCGGUCUUCUCGCUCGCAAGACCGACAUUGAACGUCGCAUCACCGAAAGCGUCGGAAGUCUAGAAAGAGCCAUGAACACUGCUUCUCGCGAGUUUCAGAUCGUUCUCACAUCGCGCUCUGAGCGUGUGACGACCGCACCCACAGAAGGUGGAGCCGCUCCAAUUACGAAGCCUUGA